AUGUACGAAAAAGUCAUGGAAAUCUCCAGAAAAUGCGAAAUCCUCUCAGCAGAGCAUGACGGCGACGACAACACCUGCUCUCCAUCUCAGAGAUAUAUUUUAGGUAGCGCUAACCUUUCACCUGGGACAGAGUUCAAUCCGUGGCGAUUCUCACCCUGCAGCAUUAAUUAUUUUACAAACUUCAUCAAGGAAAAAUUGAGCACCAGCCGAGGGUAUACGUGUCUGGUCUACUCUAUCGAACCAUCAGCAGACAUUCCUGAUGUAUCUGAGAAACUUUUGGGUCAAUUGAUCAAACCUGACGAACAGUGUCAGCAAAUUUAUGGAAAGAAUUCCUACUAUUGCAGGCAUGGCAAUGAAGGUAACAACGCUCUCAUCUGUCAUUUGAUGUUUUGUAAAGAACCUGUGACGACCAGGUGUUUACAGGAAGCUGCACUCAUCGGGACAUCUUGUGGCGAUGGAAAGAUCUGCAUCAAUGGACAAUGUGUCAGCGACCCAUAUGCUCCUCAAGUUGAUGAAAGCUGUAUAUUUGGAGACACUCCAGGCUCUUUGUGUUAUUCGUUGCUUAAUUUUUUUCAUGGCAACUGUUACAUCGCUCAGUACUAUCUAGUCUGCUGUAGUUUCUGUAAAAGAGUCUCAAGAUCAGUUAAAGGCUGUGAGUAUGGAGACAGACGUCGUAAAUGUAAGACUGGUCACUGCUUAAGUCAUAAAGUGGAUUGCUGUGGUACAUGUAAGUAUGGCAUACCCUACAUCCCAACCACCAGCACCAGAAGAACCACAUCUAAGAGACUUGCCACAACAGUGAAACGACCUGUGUUAUUUACUCCAAUUGAAGAAUGUAAACCAGGAGAUAGAGACUUGAGGCCAGAGCUGUGUACUAGCAUUAGUGUCUGCCGGAUACAACCAUCACAAUGUUGUAGCUUUUGCUUAAUAAAUUUCAUUUCUACAACAACCACGUCAAAUAGAACUAUUGUACCUGAAAGUUAUCUUGUAACCCAGGAGACAAAGACUUUAUGCCAAGAGCGUGUAGAAGUUUUCUUGUCUGUUUAG